UCACCUCCUGUCACCUCCUGUCACCUCCUGGUCACCCAGCAGCGUCACCAUGGAUCUCCUCACCGCUGUGUGCUGCUCCCUGGCUGUGCUCCUGGUGACAGCGGCGGUGGCCCUGCUUGGCGUCGCCCAUCACUUGGGUCUCCUCUACCAGCUCUUCCACCAGGUGGAGCCCAAAAGUCCCCGUCACGGCGGGGAGCUGGUGGCCGAGGUGCUGAAGGCUCACGGCGUCCGCUUCGUCUUCGCCUUGGCCGGGGGUCACAUCUCCCCCAUCCUGGUGGCCGCCGAGAAGGUGGGCAUCCGCGUGGUGGACACACGGCACGAGGCCACCGCCGUCUUCGCCGCCGACGCCGUUUCCAGGCUGUCAGGUCACAUCGGUGUGGCUGCCGUCACCGCCGGCCCCGGCGUCACCAACGCGGUGACGGCCAUCAAGAACGCCCAGAUGGCCGAAUCCCCGUUGCUGCUCAUCGGUGGGGCGGCCGCCUCGUUACAGAAGGGACGAGGGGCGCUGCAGGACAUCGACCAGCUGUCCCUCUUCAGGACGCUGUGCAAGGCGUGCGUCUCGGUGCGCGCCGUCCGUCACAUCGUCCCCACGCUGCGCCAAGCCAUCGCCACGGCGCAGUCAGGGACCCCAGGUACAACAGGGGAGCCCACAGCCACCCCAUGGGGGGAUUUAGGGUCACCUCAGCCCCUCUGG